CAGAUUUUGAAUCAAGCUGAUAAACAAGAAAACACUAAAAGGGGUGAUUAUUUGUAUUAUGAUUGAAUUACCUGCAUGGUGCUGUUGUUUGGUUAUUGAUGUGUGCUGAUUGCAAUCCUGGUGUUGUUCGUAUUCAGCUUGGUGGUUCUCCUGAUCGUGGCGAAGUUUCGCAGACGAGGAUGUUUUCGGUUACGUCAACAACUACAAGAAGAAUAUGGCUCCGGAUGUCUUUUUUAAAUGAUUUCCAUUUGUAUGCUCUUGAUAAUCCUAUCAUUUCGCUUUCUUAUGUUACUGAUUGUGGGAGUUAUCGUGGUAUGAUGUAG